CCACAGCAGCGACGCGGUGCGCUACGGUGGCGUUUCGCCGCUCGCCCAACAGGGGGCGCCACGCGGUCCUAUCAGUUCACGCGAUGUGUCACAAAAAUCACGCGAUAGUGACACUUAGAAUUCCCGAAAGAUGGCGGCGGCGCCUCCAGAUGAGGCUAGCCUGCAGUCUCGCAUCAACAAAGCCACAAAUCCUCUAAAUACAGAGACUGACUGGGACAGUAUCAAGAGUUUUUGUGAUCAGCUCAACGAUGACCCAGAAGGUCCACAGCUCGCAACCAGACUUCUGGCCCACAAAAUCCAGUCUCCACAGGAGUGGGAGGCUAUGCAAGCGCUCACGGUUCUUGAGACAUGCGUGAAGAACUGUGGGAAGCGAUUUCACAAUGAAGUGGGAAAGUUUCGCUUUCUCAAUGAGCUCAUCAAGGUGGUCUCACCCAAGUAUUUAGGUGCACGGGCUCCAGAGCCAGUGAAGAAGAAGGUUUUUGAAAUCAUGUACAGCUGGACUGUGAGGCUGCCGGAGGAGACCAAGAUAGCAGAAGCGUAUCAUAUGUUGAAAAAACAGGGCAUUGUCAAGCAGGACCCUGCGCUUCCUGAUGAUAAGCCCCUACCACCCCCUCCACCCAGAGCCAAAAGUGCCAUUUUUGAGGAUGAGGAGAAAUCUAAGACACUGUCUCGCCUAUUGAACAGCACCAAUCAGGAAGAUCUAAGAGCGGCAAAUAAGCUCAUUAAGGAAAUGGUCCAGGAGGACCAAAAGCGUGUGGAGAAAGUAUCAAAGCGAGUAAACGCCAUCCAGGAGGUGAAGGAGAGUGUGAGCCUGCUGAGCCAGCUGCUGGAGGGCUACAGCAAGGACAGCUGCUCCCGAAGCAACCAGGAGCUCAUUAAGGAUCUUUACCAGCGCUGUGAGAAGAUGAGGCCUACGCUCUUCCGGUUAGCGAGUGAUACAGAGGAUAACGACGAAGCCUUAGCGGAUAUUUUAGAGGCCAACGACAGCUUAACGCAGGUCAUUAAUCUGUAUAGGCAGCUGGUACAAGGAGAGGAGGUGGCAAAGGAUGGCACAAGCAUGUUCUCACAAGCAGGCAGCAGCGGUUCAGCGCUUGUAGACCUGAUGGAACUGAAUGCAUCAGCCAAUGCAACACAGUCGGACCCAGAGCCCUCCGGUCUGACGCAGAGCGUGGGCCUCAGCCUCCUGGAUGAUGAGCUCAUGUCUCUGGGAUUGAAUGUAACUGAAAAUGGCCAGGCACAGACCACUUCUCAGUCUUCUGACAGCACAGAAUCCUUUGCCACAUCAGCAGCUGCAGUAUUGCUACCGGCUGUGGUCAAAACUCAGCAGGUCCCACCAGCAACCAUAUCUACGGCUCCUCCCAAGCCCAUGGAGGAGCUGGACUUGCUGGGGAAGGCGUUGAUGCAGCAGUCCCUGCCGCCAGAGAGUCAGCAGGUCAAAUGGGAUAAACUCCAGCCUCAAUCCAAAGUCCCUUUAAGAGACCUCCAGGCUAAGUCCAGCACCAAUUCUAGACCUGCUCCAAUCGCAUCCACCUACUCGGAGCAGCCUGACACCCUCCUCCUCUCCAGUCUCAGUCUCACAUCUGGUGAAAAAGGCUCUUGUACUACUCCUGAUCUCUACGACAGCAUCUCCCUGUCUGAUGUUGCUGUACCCCUGGAAACAAUCCAACCUGGCAGCUUAUUACCGGUGACUGUCUUUGAUAAACACAGUCUCCGGGUUUUGUUCACCUUUGCGCGUGACUGUCCUCCAUCACGGCCUGAUGUGCUGGUGGUGAUCAUCUCUAUGUUGUCAUCGGCCCCUAUUCCAGUUACCAACAUCCGCUUUCAGGCAGCUGUGCCCAAGGUGAUGAAAGUAAAGCUGCAGCCUCCCUCCAACACUGAGCUCCCAGCCUUCAAUCCCAUCCUACCUCCAGCUGCCAUCACACAGAUUCUACUUUUGGCUAACCCUCAGAAGGAAAAAGUACGCUUGCGAUACAAACUAACGUUCAACUUGGGGAACAAAUCUCAUGAUGAAUCUGGUGACGUUGACCAGUUCCCAUCUCCAAACACCUGGGGGAACCUUUAAAGAGACGGACCACCCUCCUGUCAUGUGAUCUGCUGCUUCCGUUAGAUUUGUGUUGAACUUGCCCUCAUUGCUGGCAAAGCAGCCUGUUUAGACUUCAUGCAUUCCUGGUUUGGUAACAAACUGACAGGAGACCAGCUGUGGGAGCAAGCUUUGACUUUGUGCCUUCCUGUCCCUUCAUCAAUCUGUUUCCCAUGUUGCUUUGCUUCUUUCUUCAUCUUCAACAAUUCGUAGUCGGUCAAACCGUGGCGCUGACUCUUGGGAGGGCAAGUUUUUACAAAGCAUCCAUGUCAGGUAGCAACAAAUUCAUUAACAGUAUCACUUGCACAAAGUAUCAACUAUGUUUAAUGUUUUUUUUUUUUAUUAUUAUUUUGACCCUAAAACAGUUCAGUGUGAGCCAAAAACCAAAUGAUCCAGGGGACAUACACAAUAGAUGGGUGUUGGUAUUUUAGGUGUUGAAAUUGUUUUGUUUCUGACACAUUGGUGGAAGAUUUGACAAUAGCUGUCCCUUUUUCACGACUAACAUUAAGGUUGCAACUACUGGAAAUUAGCCAUCAGCUGUUCUGUACAUGGGAUUUUUCCAGUCAAAAUGCGCUUCUGUCUUUUCUUAUCAAAGACACUAAUCUGUGCACCUUUUUUAAAAUUUUGCUUUUCAAUUCAGCACUUUUCUUUGUUGUUCACUUUCAGGAGAUUGAGACUUUUGUUCUUUCAGGAUUUGAUACAGCUGGGUUUUUUAAUGCACUUUUGUUUUGAUUUAACAGAUGAAACUAUACUUUGGAUAGUUCCAUUCCCUUUACUUUUUUUGGCUGCCCGUAUACUGUUGAUUGGCCCAAAGACUGACUUGACAUCACUGGCAUCCAAUUGUAUUCUACCACAUGUGCCUGAGGUGAAAUGUUUGAUUUUCUUUUGCCUGGUAUGAAUUUCUGUAUAUGUACAAAUGACCAGUUUCAUGUGCUUACGUCUCUUUGUCAGGAAAUUCUUUAACAAAUUACAUGACAGAGAAAUGGU